AUGGUUAAACAAAUUUUAUUAAAAGAAUACGUCAGCUAUGGUGCUCCAACAACUAACAAUUUCACUUUUAGUGAUUUUGAAUUAGAUGAAUCGAAAUUAGAAGAAAAUCAAAUACUUGUAUCUUUAGUAUUAGUCAGUGUAGAUCCAUACUUGCGUGGAAGAAUGUCUUUGGCAAAAAGCUAUGCUGAAUCUUAUAAGCUCAAUGAACCAAUGAUUUCAUUCUCUGUUGCUAAAGUAUUAAAAUCAAAUAAUGCAAAGUUUGCUGUUGGAGAUUAUGUUGUUGACGGUUUCCCAUGGCAAGAAAAAUCAAUUGUUACUCCAUCCCCAUUCGCUAAUAAAGUAGAUCCAAAAAUUCCACUUGAAACCUAUUUAAGUGCAUUAGGUUUAACUGGUUUAACUGCAUACCAUGGUUUAAAUGAAAUCGGCAAACCAAAAGAAGGUGAAACCUUAGUUGUUAGUGCUGGUUCUGGUGCCACUGGUAGUAUCGUUGGCCAAAUUGGUAAAAUUAAAGGUAGUAGAGUUGUUGGUAUUGCAGGCUCUGAUGAAAAAGUCAAAUUCAUGGUUGAGGAAUUAGGAUUUGAUGCUGGUGUUAACUAUAAGAGCCCAAAUUAUAAAGAAGAGUUAGCUGCAGCUUGUCCAAAAGGUGUUGAUGUAUAUUUUGAAAAUGUUGGAGGUGAUGUCAGUGAAGCAGUUUGGCCAUUAUUAAAUUUCAAAUCAAGAACUGUUGUUUGUGGUGUAAUUUCACAAUACAAUCGUACUACUCCUGAUAUUGGUCCACGUACCAUUGAGUUGUAUAUUUUAAAAACCUCUUCUCUUAUGCAAGGAUUUAUUGUAUCAAAUUAUUUCUCAAAUAAUCCAGCUGCAAUCAAAGAUCUUUCCCAAUGGUUUGCUGAAGGAAAACUUAAAGAUAAACAUACCAUUAACAGUGGAUUUGAUCAAAUAGUACCAUCAUUUUUAUCAUUGUUUGAAGGAACAAACACUGGUAAAAUGAUUGUUAGGGUUUCAAAUAAUUAAAAAAAUAAAAUAAACUUCAUUAUUCAUAUAUUAUAAUAAAUAUUAAUGAAUAAUUUUUUUUGAAUC